AAUUUAAAGUAGAGGAAAAAUGGAUGGACUUAUACAAAUGUUACCGCCAUCGUUAAGAAAAUUUUCCACAUAUAUCGAUUUUGUUGGACAACGGAGAGCGGAACGAAUUUUUCAAGUUAUAUUAGUGUUAGCGGCAGUAAUCGGUUAUGGUAUUGGUUAUGUCACGCAGCAACUAUCGUAUGCCAUUUAUACGGUAUUCUGUGGCUUUAUCCUGUCGUGUAUUCUCGUUAUACCACCAUGGCCAUAUUUAAGACGUAAUCCAAUACAUUGGCAGCCCGCUCAAACGACUGUACCAUCGUCUACGAAUGUUCCAUCGAAAGAGAAAAAGAAAACGAAAUAAACUGAGAGACUUUUAUAGGGAUCUUUUUUCUUAGAUUUUCCAGAAUUAAUUUAUUCUCCUAUUCCUUUAUUUGUUAAUGUUUUUUUUCUUUCGAAGAAAUGAAUAAAAUUUUCUCCUAAC